ACGGCCCACAUACACACUGGUGGCGGCAGUGCGCGCUCCUUCGUGUAUAUAUGUAAACGUAUAUAAUUUGUAAUAUAAUAUUGUUACAAAAUACGAAUUUUGUAUGUAUAAAAAAAAUUUUAAUAGUGUUCGCCUUACUGGAAUAGUGCAGUGACAGCAGUCGCGGGACAAAUAUUUACCCGAUAUACAAUAAAGACGACCCCGCAAUUUUUUCACGAAAAUUAUCGGCGCGUGUGGGUUUUUUCCGCUUCACCUAAAUUCUUAUUUUUCGGCGUGACUUUCCAAAAAUGUUUCGAGAACGAUUUUGAACGCAGGGUCGGAGAGACGCGGCGCACUUUCAGCUGCAGCGGUCAUCCGACGGUGCGGUUUUUCUUGGAAUUUAUCCUCAAGUGUUACACAUAGGUGUAUAUUGUAUAUAUAUAUAUACUUCGAACGUAUUAUUAUACCGUCUGCUUGCGUCGAGUACACGUACAGCCUAACCGCAGAUAUGAUUCAAGAAAACCGUUUCGAGUUAUGUGGUUUUCCGACUACGUACAUCAAGAACAUGAAGGAGAAAACUGCAGACAAGUCAAGACAUUUAGCGGAAGAUGCUUUAUGCGAGAACAAAAGCUUACACUUUCGUGAAAAGUACGAAUUCGUCCAAUAUGUCAAGACUGAAUCGUUGCAGUGUCGAGGAUGCUCAGAUCCAAUUACGGAUAGAUUUUUAUUGAAGGUUUCUGACAAAAUUUGGCAUGUGUCUUGUUUAAGAUGCUGUGUGUGCAAUUUGGUAUUAGAAGAUGAACCGUCGUGUUUUAUUAAAGAUGAUUCAAUUUAUUGCCGACAGGACUAUGCCAGGAGUUUCGGUACUGUGUGUUCAAAGUGUUCGAAAGGCAUUUCCGCUUCGCAUUGGGUGCGAAAGGCCAGGGAUCACGUUUACCAUUUGGCAUGUUUCCGGUGCGACGCCUGUGACCGUCAAUUGAACACAGGAGAAGAGUUUGCUUUGCACGAAGGUCGUGUUUUAUGCAAACCUCAUUAUUUGGAUAUCGUGGACGGUGGCACUACAAGCUCGUCAGAGGGUGGAGAUUCUGAAAGUUAUCACAGCAAGAAUAAAGCAAAACGAGUACGGACCACAUUUACCGAAGAACAAUUGCAGGUGUUACAAGCUAAUUUUCAAUUGGAUUCUAAUCCCGAUGGGCAAGAUCUCGAAAGGAUAGCGCAAAUUACUGGAUUGAGCAAAAGAGUUACUCAAGUAUGGUUUCAAAAUUCUAGGGCGAGACAAAAAAAGCAUUUGCACACCGGAAAAGUGAAAAGCGCUCCAUCCGGAUUACUUCACCAUCAACAAAACGGUUCCGAAAAUCAUUUCAACCGUCACAUAAAUCUACACCUCACGUAUUCGUUUCAACAGCCUCCGUCGUCGAAUCAUUCUCACCAGAGGGGAUCUCCUAUUUAUAUACCUCAAAAUCCAGCUUCAGAAACAUCGUCCCUGGAUGAUCUGUCUCAAGAUUCUAUAAUGAUGUGUUCGGUGGGCAGGAAUAGUGAUCCGGUAUGAGACGAAGACCGUGGUGGGACCAACAACCAUCCACCACGUUGACGGCGUCCGAAAUAAUAAAUAUUAUUAUGAGAAAAAAAAAUUAAUUGUCUUAAAUUAUUUUUACUGUGAUAUAAACAUAAUUAAUUAGUUAAUGUUUAAUUAUUAGAUGGAAGCCCGUUGCGUUUUUAUCCGUUUGCGUUUUAUAUUAAAAUCUCUAGACGGACAACUCACUCUUCUCGUCGCAUGUACAAAAAUUUAAUUAUCAUAUAUUAGUAUAAAGCAAAAUUUAGUGUUUCGUGUCUAUCGGCCCACAACUUAUGUUAAUUAUUCCCAUAGUUACCAUUAGUUAAGUUCGUCAAUUUAGGGAAUAACGCAAUUAGUGUCUUUUGCACUGUACUACACAUCCACAUUCGCAUUUCUUCACUGAUUCAUAAUUAAGUUUUUAUUUGGAAAUAUUUUUCAAACUUCAUUAAAUUAUAUUAUUAUAAUUAAUAAUAAGCUAAAAUUUUUCUUACCGCGGUCUAUCGCUCUAGCGUAAAGUAAACAGAUAUUAUAAUGUUUAUAAAAAACUAUAAAUCCCGAUGUUUAUACAAAAUGUGUUUGUCGUUUAUUAAAAUAUAGCUUGAAAACAAAACGUGUACACUUCAGAUGUUAUCUACCCGGCGUUAUUUAUUACAAAAUAUGACUACUUAUUGCUUUUGAUAGUUUUUUUUUAAUAAAUUUAAAACAAAUGCAGAUAGGGGACAUAUUAUAUGAUUGUAUGUUCCAACAAAUACUUUGUCGAAAAAAUAUUGUUUCUUUUUCCGUCCGUUACAGUUAUAAUGCGUUCCUAUUAAAAGCAAAUUUUACUUUUUUUCAACCACCGAAAAUAUUUUAUUGUUAUCUAA